AAGCACCGCGAAAAAAAAUCCUCCUGGAUCCGUCUGUGUCCGAAUUCAGGGUCUGCAUCCUUCCAAGGACGGAUUUGUAGGCCAAUUACGUCAUAGCGUGGCGACAAGGCCCGUCCGAAUUCAAAGACUCCUUCAAAUGCGUCCAUCACAUGCGUCCUUCUUUUCCCCAGAUUUGAAGGAUGGGUCCGGUGUAUCCUUCACGGCCCACGAUAUCCCAUAAUUCAUUGCGGGUUCCAACUGGGCAUUCAGCAGCAGGGCCGAGCGCAAAUCGUGACACCGCACCUACUAAUGGCACUUCCGGUGGCAGGUGUGACACCCAUAGACAUCGCCUCUAGAUUUUGUUUAUGGUAGCUAGGAGACGGAAGAGGCUCUGGGCAGAGCCGAAAACAAUGUGAGAUGGACGCAGGGAAUAUGGAUUAUCGAACCAAGUGGAAAUAUUUACUCUAAUAAGGAUUAUGACCAUGAAACAGCAAAGGUGGUUUUGCUGCCAAACAUUGACUUUUUUGUGGACUUACGCAUACCAGAGGAGAAAGACUGGAGGGUCCAGUGUGGCGGCAGAGUGUGAAAAUGUCACAUAGGUCUCUUCUCAUCUUUCUGGGAAUAACUGCAGCCACUGUUCUUACAGUUCAAGGAUCAUGGAGAGGAGACAACAAAGAGUCUAAUCCUGCAGUCUACCACUCCAAUGACAACUUUGAGUGGACCACAUGGUUCAACGUUGACCACCCAGGAGGCCGAGGAGACUACGAGCAGCUGGACGCCAUUCGCUUCUAUUACCGUACCAGAGUGUGUGAGACUCCGCGCGCAAUUGAAGCUAGAACCACCGAAUGGGUACCAGCCCGGGAAACUGGGGAGGUGGUGCACGCAGAUCCAACUGUAGGAUUCUGGUGUCUCAAUGAAGAGCAAAGUCCUGGAAGCAACUGCUCAAACUACGCAGUUCGCUUUCUCUGUCCAAAAGAAAGAAGUGUAAACACUCAGGGAACCUGGGGUUUAUGGUCAAACUGGAGCCCAUGUCCUGCUCUCUGCGGUCAAGUAGGUGUGCAGCUUCGCCAUCGAAACUGCAAGUCUCAAUCAGUAACUUGCAAUGGGCCUAAAAUAGAGGGAAAACCAUGCAACGGACCUGAGUGCGUCAAGACGGAUUGUUACCUGCACUGCGUGAUUGGGAGAGUGAAUGCUGACUGUGAUGCUUGCAUGUGUGAAGAGCACGUCCUUUUGGGAUCUGUGCGAAGCGCCGGUGGUCUGAUUGCUGAGGGAGCAGCAAUCCUUCGCUCAGGCAAACUCCUCACCCUCACAGACCACAAUGGACACUUUAGAGUUCCUGGAAUAUGCCCAGAUGGCAACACAACACUGACAGUCAGCCUGCUGGGUCACGCAACUCUUGAUGUUGUUGUGCCCCUCACCACUGAGCGGACCUCAGUUCUCAGUGUGCAGCUGAAGAGAGCAGAAAAGCUUCAUGUCUUAAGCAACCAAGAGAAUAAAGCCAGGAGAGAAGGACAAAGUGCUGCCUUCUGCUGCAAAGUAGCUGGAACACCACAGCCUAACAAGUACCAAUGGUUUCAUGACAAUAUUCUUAUGGAAAUGCAAUCCGAGAGCACGCUGGUCCUGAAAGAUUUACAUCCAGAGCAAGCUGGAGAGUACUACUGCAGAGCAAGUGGGCCGUCCGGCGCCGUUAAGUCCAAACCUGCCACUCUAAAAAUCAUAGGUAGAGAGGAGCAUUCAUGCAACCCCACGCCUGAAUCUCACCUCAUUCGCCUUCCACAUGACUGCUACCAAAACAGCACAAACUCCUUUUACUACGAUGUGGGCAAGUGCCCUCCAGGCACAUGUGCUGGACAGCUGGACAAUGCCAUCAGGUGCAAAGACAAUGUGGCGUACUGCUGUGGCGUGGCAAAGAUGGAAGAGAGACAGCUGACGUGCCAAGGCUACCAGUUGCCCACCAUGGUAGUGACAGAGUGUGGCUGUCAGAAAUGCGUGGACACCCAGGCUGUUGUUUAUGGUCGUGCCAUUGCUGCAGACAAUGGUGAGCCAAUGAGGUUUGGCCACAUCUUCAUGAAUGGAGUCAGAAUCAGCCGCACAGGCUACAAAGGCACCUUCUCUGUCCAGGUUCCCCCAGACACUGAAAGACUGGUGUUGACUUUUGUUGACAACAUGCAAAAGUUUGUCAAUACCACAAAGGUGCUUCCAUUUAACACAAAAGGAGGAGCUGUUUACCACGAAAUCAAAGUUCUACGAAAGAAAGCUCCUGUGACCAUCAGCUCCUCAGAAACUAACACUCUAAAUCUCGGGGAGGUGGAAGGCCAGGAAGCGAUGGUCCAAAUCCAGAUUCCCCCUCAUUCUUUCUACAAGGAGAACGGAGAAGUCUUUACCGGUAAUGUCAAUGCAAGUGUUACAUUCUUAGACCCGAGAGAUGUCACUACUGCUGCUGCUGCUUCAAGUGACCUUAAUUUUAUAGGAGGCGAAGGUGAUAUGCUUCCACUGAGAACCUACGGCAUGUUUUCAGUUGACUUUAGAGGUGAGGAAAAUAAUGAGCCUCUAAACGCUGGCGAGGUUAAAGUAUUCUUGGACUCGGCUCAGGUGAAGAUGUCAGAGCACCUCAGCAACAUGAAGCUUUGGUCACUGAACCUUGAAACUGGCCUGUGGGAGGAAGAAGGGAGUCUGCAGCUAGAUAAGAGAAGGAGAGGCAAAAGAGAGGAGAGAACAUUUUUGAUCGGAAACAUGGAGAUCAGAGAGAGGCGUCUGUUUAAUCUCGACGUCCCUGAAAAUCGCAGAUGCUAUGUCAAAGUGAGAGCUUUCCGCAGUGAGCGUUUCAUGCCCAGUGAGCAGGUAGAGGGAGUUGUGGUGAGUCUCAUAAACAUGGAACCAACAGCUGGCUACUCCUCUAAUCCUCGUGCCUGGGGUCGUUUUGACAGUGUUGUCACUGGCCCGAAUGGAGCUUGUCUUCCAGCCUUCUGUGAUGAGCAAAAACCUGAUGCUUAUUCUGCAUAUGUGAUGGCUAACCUUGGAGGAGAGGAACUAGAGGCUGUGUCGUCUGCCCCUAAACUCAAUCCCAGCCUUGUUGGAGUGCCCCAGCCUUACCUUAGAAAACUAAACUACAGGCGAACAGACCACGAAGACAGCAGAGUAAAGAAGACUGCGUUUAGUAUCAAUGUGGCAAAACCAAGUCCUAACGCAGCUGAGGAGUCUAAUGGACCAGUAUAUGCAUUUGAAAAGCUGAAGGAAUGUGAAGAGGCCCCAUUUAGUGCUGCACACUUCAGGUUUUCAAGAGUUGAAGGAGACCGUUAUGAUUACAACACUGUGCCAUUUAAUGAAGAUGACCCAAUGAGCUGGACAGAGGAUUACCUGAGUUGGUGGCCUAAGCCCAUGGAAUACCGUGCCUGCUACAUCAAGGUUAAAAUCAACAGUCCGCAUGAAAUCAAUGUAAGGUCUCGUAACAUGGGUGGCACCCAUCCAAAGACAGUAGGCCAGCUGUACGGUCUCAGAGACACUCGCAGCAUUCGUGAUAUGGAACAGGCAAAUGUUUCAGCAGUGUGUCUGGAGUUCAAGUGCAGUGGCAUGCUGUAUGAUCAGGACCGUGUGGAUCGUACCCUGGUGAAGGUGAUUCCUCAAGGUAGCUGUAAGAGAGACCAUGUGAACACGAUGCUUCAAGAUUAUCUGGUGAACCACCUACCUCUAGCUGUCAACAACGACACCAAUGAGUUCACCAUGCUGGCACCUCUCGACUCUCUUGGCCACAACUAUGGAAUCUACACAGAGACGGAACAAGAUCCACGCACAGCAAAAGAGAUUGCACUUGGGCGCUGCUUUGACGGCACUUCUGAUGGCACGUCUAGGGUCAUGAAAACCAACGAGGGUGUGGCGUUAAGCUUCAGCUGUGGAGAUCGUGAAGUGACACGUCAGAGUAUCUUUCAAGCUAUGCAGAGCUCCCAAAGUCAGAUAGUAACAAGUGUUGCGAGAGGAGACAACAGGAAAACCAGACGUCGACAAAGGGCCAACACACUCCGCAGGAGCGGGAAACGUAGCGCCAGAAAUCCCACAGGAGGAAAAAGAUAAAUGACUCUGAAGUUCAUGUCUGGAAAUAAGACACUGAAGCAGUUUUUGAUGUUUAAGUAAUUUACCAAAACAUAUUCAAGUUGCAGUUAUACUUUAUAAUAAAAGUGGUCAAAGAUUUAAAACCUAAACCUUCAAUAUUGGUGUAUCAACAUCCAAAUUGGACGAGUGAUUUAGGAGUUAUAGCUUUUCAAAUAUAUAAAGCCCCCUUUCUAGGAGCUCACUUACAAAUGUUCAAUUACAUUUGUCCAAAUGUAAUUGAACAAAUUUGCAUAAAACAAAUAAACUUCAAUUUUUAAUACGCCGCCUGAAGUCUGAAACAUUUCCCUGAACACUGUAUGUCUUCAAUGAAAGUAAAUCAGCACUUUACUGUAGUAUGUCGAUCUUUGUGGCAUCAGUUAAUGAAAUACAGCUGCAAAUUUACACAUUUACCAGUUUACAAAUUUUCACCUGUUUACUUUUAAAGUUUCUGUGUUAUUUUUGCAGUUUACUUUAGGACAUUCUUCCAUAUAGUCAAUCUCUUUGUAAUCAACAUUGUUGCACUUAGCUAAAUCAAAUUAGACAUUAUAAAUUUCUGAGUGGCCCAAUGGCAUUUCAAAGUGUUUAACUCUCUUUAUAUACUCUACUUUUUAUAGCCAAAGCACCAAGCAGCACAUUCAACAUAUUCCAAAGAAUCCAUAUAGUUUCUUUCUUCUUGCUCUUUUAGUUUCAUCUAACCCAAGAGAGUUACUUAAAGACUCACCCAACUUGAAAGGCCGAAUCUGGCAAUAAUAAAUUAAAAACUUAAAUGAUCAUUUUGAUUUUUUGUUGGUGUGCAGAGAAUUUGAGCAGUCAGUGUCACAUGUGCAGUAGGUAGAGGUUUUGAUCAUCAAAAACAAGUUGGAUUGUUCAGCCUUGGGGCAAUUUCAAGAUUUGAGUCAUCUGAAAAAUGCCAUGUUUUAACAACUAACAAUAUGUUUCUUACCUAAGUUAUUACAAGUUAAUAGAUACUUAUGUAGCUUGUCAGUUAAAAGAUUUACAGUACAUUUACUUGAAACACCAAGAGCUAAUACACUUUGAUAUCACCUUCCAGGGUUUACAACAACUGUACACUGGUUUAGAUUCUCAGUCACCUAGAACAUGCCAAUCCUAAAUACCGAAAUAGAAAACCACUUGAUUUUUUUUUCUUAUUUUUUUAAAGAUAACACACCUCUCAUCCAACAGGUUUCUUCAAUUCUGGAAAACUGAUACAACAGUAAUCUAAUUGCAAAUGUUCAAGUAGUUCCUGCAAAUAAGAAUUUCUUCCCUCAGAGAUUCUCAUUGGUCAAGUUAACACAUUUCCUUGUAUUUGUUUUGUUAAACAUAACUGGAACAAAUCACAAGGUACUUUUAUGCAAGUACACAAUCAAAGCAAAAUUGACACUUUUAUGCAAAUAAACAUUCAAAACAGCAGUGCGAGUGCAUCAGUAUUUUAAAAACAGGCUAUGCAUUACUGGAUUUAUUUAAAUGCAUCAAAUCUGAUUUGAGAUUGACAUUACACUAGCCGUUAUCAAGUUUAGCUACUUACCAUACCUAAACUGCUGAUUGCUCAUUAUCCCUUUUAAGUUUUAAUUUUAAUGUUACUGUUGUGUAUAUUUGUCUUUUUUCUAAAUUGGGAAUCUUAUGAUGAAAAUCCAACAUGUUUUGCAGCCAUCCUGGAUUGGUUUUAAGAGCCAUCAACAAUCUCAGGCUCAGUUGGCCCAAUCGUUCACUGGGCAUGAGCUCGUUUUUGUACCUGCCAAUUUUUUUUUUCUGUUACUAACCACAAGCAUAUCCAGUUUGUCAAACGUUUCAGCUUUAGCUGAAUAUUUUGGCAACCUGGGAAGCCCUGAACGGUUUUUUUUUAAUCACUACUGUCAAAUGUGACAACAUUGUACAACAGGUAGGUGCCAAUCACACUCUUAUUGACGUCAGAUUUUGUUCAUCAAAUAUGAAUGGACAUUUCUUUCAGGUUCUGUUUAUGCACAUUAAGAAUGACCAACACACAAUUUGCUCUCCUGACCAGUCAUUUAUUAAAUUAAGAUGCUUAAAAAACAGAUGUCAUAUUUUCAAAAUUGCAUGUAUCGAAUCGUCUGUGUAAGAUUGGAACUGGUCAUGAGCUAGAGCAGAAAAAGGAGAAAGAUGCCCCUUUCAACGAACUGAAGCCCAUAAGACAUGUGGAGCCCAUGAGCCUCCGCUCCUCAUCAGAAUUGACAAGCCUGCAGAAGCAACAAUUAGAGACCAGUUGCAGCAAGUUACUCCAUUUGCCUGAUUUGUUGGUUUUCUGCAUUAGUAAAACUCAAAUUAGUAAGUUACAUUUCUGUCAUGCAAAAGAAAAUACUUUUAAGCAUCGUUUGCUCCAUAUUUUCAAGGAUAUUCCAGAGAUGUAUCGAGAAUGGCUGUGAGGUUUUAAAGUCACAUUUAUUAUUCUCUAUCCCUUUUAUCAUAUAUUGAAUGUCAUGUGCACUCUGUAAAAUUACCACUACUCAUAUGUUGUGCCGUUCUCAAAUAACCCACAAUGCAACUGUUCCAGAGAUGAAUAAUAAACUGAAUAAUUGUUCUGCAUUUGGCAACCCAAGAGAUAUUAACUAUAUACAUUUUUCCUGUAAAAGAUCUAACCACACUUCAGUGCGAUCUAUAAUACAUGACAUUCUGGUUUAGGAAUUUGCAUAGAACCUUGUUUCUAUGUCACUUUACUUACAACUGCUGUACUGCCAUUUUAACAGGAGCAACAUUUAUUUAAAAAAAAAAAAAAA